CCCAAUUAGAAAAUACAAGUCUAUGAGUAUACUGAGAUAUCUUUAUUGUUAAUUUUAUCCCAGCAGUUCCCGUAAUGGCUAGCACUGGCAUAUACAAGGCACUGAAAUAAUUGUUGAAUGAAUAAAAGUACAAAUUCCCAGAAGUAUGAAGACAUGGAACUGCAUAUGACUUCAUCAGAGGAAUAUUGCAUGCAAGCUGGAUAAGGGAGUGUGCUAUAGUUUAAAUCUUGAAUAUCCCUCCCCUGCCAAAGGCCCAUGUGUUGUAACACUUGGCUGCACUGACGCUGUUGAGAAGUGUUGAAGCAUUUAGGAGGUAGGACCUCGAGGAGGGAAGUAAGGUCAAUGAGGUAAACCCUUGAAGGAACUCAGAGCCCUGUCACCUUCUCUCUUUGCUUCAUAGCACUAUGAGGUGACCACUUUUGCUCCACCAUGUGCUUCCCACCAUAAUGGGGCCUUACCACAGGCCCAAAAGCAGCAUAGCCAACCUACCACAGAUUGAAAUUAUGAGCCAAAAUCUCCUUAGAAGUUGAUUAUCUCAGGUAUUUUAUCAAAACAACAGAAAAGCUAACACAGUAACCAGAAUUGUAAUUUGAAGAGGUGGCAAGCAGAAGCUGAAACUGGAGUUUUGAACCCAAAGCCCAAACUGGGAUUCCCCAUGUCAGAUUUGGCCUCUCACCUCUAUCAGCCAAAGACCUGUGGUGAAAGGCAGAGAAAGAUUACACUGCUGGGACACACUACGGGAAGAGACAAAAUGAAGGACUCAGUCCAUUGUCAGCUGUCUUCAGGUAACAGACCUGAGCUUUAACAUUAAAUAGAUGAAAGAAAUAGGGCCAGGGACAAAAGAUAGAUAGGCAUAGUUACAACAAUCACAGGUGUGUUGAUGGGUCAUUAUCUCAGUUCUUUGAAGGUUCCAGAGAAGUUGCCACCAGUUCAGGGAACAAUCUGGUUCCUAUGGAAUUAUUACUUCUACCCUAGGGUGCAGCCUCACCAAAUACGUAAUCACCUCAUUUUGGGGGUGAUUUGUCAUACACGGGUCCACUGUUCCUUAAGGGUAGUUUCAUUCCCUUACCAUAAGGAUGUUACAGUUCAGUCCUGUCGUUCCUUGAUUCCAAGGUGACUACAGGAGAGAAUGGCUCACAUGCAAAGGACAACAAAUAGAAAAUGGAAGACAGGUGCCAAGCUUUUCUUCUGUUUUUAGUUAAUUUGCAGGCCCAAGUAAGGAGUCAGUGCUUCUCAGCAAAAACAGCUUAAGCAUCUCUUAACAAACCCAGACUAGAAAAGACCUUACGUGUGUGGCUUCCUAGUUUGAUUUUACCAUGAGGGUUAAGCGUGUCAUCAAAUACAUAGUUUAAAAGAUCAGAAUGUUUCCACCAUGUAAAGACGACACAGCUAAAAGGGCACCAUUUGUGAGCCACACACACUCUUGGUACCUUUUAUGUUGGACUUCCCGACAUUCACAAACAUGAAAGAUCACAUCACUGGUUUAGAAGACUGCUGUUCCAAAAAUAGAUCAAAUCCACAUAUAUCCUGCUUGCCACAAAACUACAUUAAGCUAACAAGUAGAAAUGCAUAGGAGAGAGAUUUCUAGAAUCUACAACGUGAAUGAAGUCCACCUAAUGUUACCAAUCCUUAUAUAAAGUCAGUGUUCUCAAAAGUUGUUUUAAAAAGCACUACUAAAGCAGUGCCUUUUAACUGACUAGGGGAGGCUCAAAAACACCUUCAGAGAAUUCAGUGGAAUCCACAAACCCUUUCUCAGAAAAAUUCACACAAAAUUUUGACUUUUGAGAAAUACUAUCUGGAACGCCCACUCCUGAGAUCUAGGCAUAUUUGGCUUGAAAACCUCACAUUUCCAGAGUCAAGGAAAGCUCAAAUUCUCAUAUUUACUAAUUCACAAGGUCUUGUUUGGCUGGGGGGAUGUUGGUUUUGAGACAAAGUCUUGUCACAUAGCCCAGGCUAGCCUCUAAGGCUGAUCCUCCUGCCUCCCAUCAGUGUUGUCUCUGCUCUGUGCAACACUGACCAGAUGUGAAAGGUAGUAGGCACCAUACAAGAUAACCAGGAGAUGGACACAGCUUCUGCCCUCAACGGACAGGUAAGGCAAAAAAUAAUCUCAUUCAGUUUAAAACUUGAUUAACUGGACUGAGGUCAUGACUCAAGUGGUAGAGUGCGUUGCCUAGCAAGUGAGAGGCCCUGAGUUCGAUCCCCAGUACUGCAAAUAAUUAAAGUUGAGUACCAACCAUACACGGUACUCAUAAAAAAGUAACACAUUGUUCUAGAUCCUAGAGAUACUGCGAUAAGCAAAGUGAACGCGUUGUCUGACUUCACAUAGUCCAUUUCCAGGGAGACAGGCCUUGAAGGAUGAUCAGUGCUCAGAGGUGGAGCCUCGGCCGGAGGUUGUAGUUAAGUCAGCAACAGCCGAGUUCUCCAAAUCAUUCUCGAUUUUCUCAAAUUCCAAUUCCUCAUUUUGGAAUCCUCUCCCCGUGCCUGUCACACGACUCGGUACUUUCCUUUACCUCCCUACAGACUUUUAUCUCCCAAAGACCGACCACAGCGACUCACGCUGUUCGCUCGGACUCCGCGUGGUGAGCCUGUGCGUCCUCCGCACGGCCUCGGGGCAAGCGUACGAACUCCACACGCACUUCUAGCCACGAAACCGGAAGGUUAUGGUACCCGUCGCUUACUCGGGACUAAGUCGCUGACCACUCCGCAACGGACGCUUAGCAACCAGCAGCUUCCUCCUCCCCUGGGCCAACUUUGGGAUCUUCUUCCGGGGCAAAGGUCGCCCCGCCCCGCGUCUCUCCAAGAUGGCGAGCGGCAGCAGCGGGGGGGUGUCGGUGCCUGCGCUGUGGAGCGAAGUGAACCGUUACGGCCAGAACGGCGACUUCACGCGCGCUCUCAAGACCGUCAACAAGAUACUGCAGAUCAACAAGGAUGAUGUAACAGCCCUACACUGUAAAGUGGUAUGCCUUAUCCAGAAUGGAAGUUUCAAGGAAGCCUUGAAUGUCAUCAAUACUCACACCAAAGUAUUAGCCAAUAACUCUCUCUCCUUUGAGAAGGCGUAUUGCGAAUACAGGCUGAACAGAAUUGAGAAUGCCUUGAAGACAAUAGAAGGUACCAACCAGCAGACAGACAAGCUAAAGGAACUUUAUGGACAAGUGCUAUACCGUUUAGAACGAUAUGAUGAGUGCCUAGCUGUAUAUAGAGAUCUUGUCCGGAACUCCCAAGAUGAUUAUGAUGAGGAGAGGAAAACAAACCUUUCAGCAGUUGUUGCAGCUCAAAGCAACUGGGAAAAAGUCAUUCCAGAGAACUUGGGCCUCCAAGAAGGCACACACGAACUGUGCUACAAUGCUGCAUGUGCACUGAUAGGACAAGGCCAGCUGAACCAGGCAAUGAAAAUCCUGCAAAAAGCUGAGGAUCUUUGCCGCCGUUCAUUUUCAGAAGACUCUGACGGGGCUGAGGAAGACCCACAGGCAGAACUGGCCAUCAUUCAUGGUCAGAUGGCCUAUAUUCUGCAGCUUCAGGGUCAUACAGAGGAGGCUCUGCAACUUUACAAUCAGAUAAUAAAACUAAAGCCAACAGAUGUAGGACUACUAGCUGUAAUUGCAAAUAAUAUCAUCACCAUUAAUAAGGACCAAAAUGUCUUUGACUCCAAGAAGAAGGUGAAAUUAACCAAUGCAGAAGGAGUAGAGUUUAAGCUUUCCAAGAAACAGCUGCAAGCUAUAGAAUUUAACAAAGCUUUACUAGCUAUGUACACAAACCAGGCAGAACAAUGCCGAAAAAUAUCUGCUGGUUUACAGUCCCAGAGUCCAGAGCAUCUCCUGCCUGUGUUAAUCCAAGCUGCCCAGCUCUGCCGUGAAAAACAGCACACAAAAGCAAUAGAGCUACUUCAGGAAUUUUCAGAUCAACAUCCAGAAAACGCAGCUGAAAUUAAGCUAACCAUGGCACAGCUGAAAAUUUCCCAAGGUAAUAUUUCCAAAGCAUGUCUAAUAUUGAGAAGCAUAGAAGAACUAAAGCAUAAGCCAGGCAUGGUGUCUGCAUUAGUGACCAUGUACAGCCAUGAGGAAGAUAUUGAUAGUGCCAUCGAGGUCUUCACACAAGCCAUCCAGUGGUAUCAAAGCCACCAGCCCAAAUCUCCUGCUCAUUUGUCCUUGAUAAGAGAAGCUGCAAACUUCAAACUCAAAUAUGGGCGAAAGAAGGAGGCAGUUAGUGACCUGGAACAGCUAUGGAAACAAAAUCCAAAAGACAUUCACACCCUGGCCCAGCUUAUCUCUGCUUACUCACUGGUAGAUCCGGAGAAAGCCAAAGUUCUUAGUAAACACUUGCCCUCAUCGGAUAGUAUGUCUCUAAAAGUAGAUGUCGAGGCUCUUGAAAAUUCUGCUGGUGCUACUUACGUUCGAAAGAAGGGUGGAAAACUUACUGGAGAUAGUCAGCCAAAGGAACAAGGACAAGGAGACUUGAAAAAGAAGAAGAAGAAAAAAAAGGGAAAACUGCCUAAGAAUUAUGACCCAAAAGUCACCCCAGAUCCAGAAAGAUGGCUACCAAUGCGAGAACGUUCUUACUAUCGAGGAAGAAAGAAGGGUAAAAAGAAGGAUCAGAUUGGAAAAGGGACACAGGGAGCAACUGCAGGAGCUUCCUCUGAACUGGAUGCCAGUAAAACUGUGAGCAGCCCACCCACCUCCCCACGGCCUGGCAGUGCAGCGGCAGUACCUGCUUCUACAAGUAACAUCAUACCCCCAAGACACCAGAAACCCGCAGGCGCUCCGGCCACGAAAAAGAAACAGCAGCAGAGAAAGAAGAAAGGAGGAAAAGGUGGCUGGUGAUUAGAAUGUUCUUGUUGCAAGCUGUCUAAACCAGUGUCACUGACAUGAGGAACAUAAUAAAGGAAACACAGCAAGAAGCACAGAACUGUACCCUCUUCCAUCCCCGUAUUGUCAUAAAACAGUUUCUUACACAUCAAAUGGGAAAACAUCUUCCUCAAACUGCCUAGUCAGAUUUGACCUACUUGUACCACCUAGCUUUGCACAGAAUGUGAGGACUGAAGAUGACUGGGCAUUUUCCUACCUUG